AUGAAAGAGAGGUACUACGAGAAUUUUAUGCAGCGCACCUUUCGCGGAUGGGAAAACUCGGAUGCUAAAGUUGAGAGCAUCUGGACUGGUGUAAUGGGAUAUUCCUUCGACUCAAACCCUCAUACUGGUCUCGUUCCACAAAAGUCCGACCAAUUUAUCAUCGCAGGAUUUAAUGGCCAUGGUAUGCCUGUCAUUUGGCUUGCGGCAAAGGGACUGGCAGAGAUGUUGAGAACGGGAAAGCCCUUUGAAGAAGUUAGUGUUCCUAUGCCUCCUCCUAGAUUGUUCAAGACAACACAAGACAGAAUUGAUAGAGCUCAAGAUGGUCCAGAGGGCGGCUAUAUUCUUAAUCAAGAAGACGAUUAUGAGAUAAACUUCUGCGCAUGGAAUUAUAAAGCUGAGUAG